GUCUUCUGCUCUGGGAUUAAGUAAUAUUUGUUCCCCAAAUGAUCGGUCCCGACGUGCUCGCGUACUACUCCGAAGCCACGCCGUAGAAUUGCAGCAAUCCUGCUCAUCUUAUAGGGCUACCCAAAGCCCCUGUGUAAAGAAGUUAUCUUGAUGUUGAAGCAAUGUUGGGCUUUCUGACAGCCAGGCGGGCUGGUCUGGAUGACCCUCUGAGACUGAGACGAGCGGAAUCAACGAGAAGGGUCCUCGGCCUGCAGUUGAAUCCCGACAGAGAUGUGGACCGAAUCCAUGGAAAUGGCAUUAAUGCCAUUGACAUUGAAGCAGUUGAGGGAAGAUACAUGCUGUCUGGAGGUGCAGACGGAGUAAUCGUCAUCUAUGAUCUGGAGAACUUCAGUGGGAAACUACAGUACACCUGCAAGGCAGUCUGCACAAUAGGAAGGUCUAGCCGCUAUGUCCACAAAUUUAGCGUAGAGACAGUCCAGUGGUAUCCUUAUGACACAGGAAUGUUUGUGUCCAGUUCCUUUGACAAGACCAUGAAAGUCUGGGACACAGAGACAUUAAAGCCUGCUGAAGUGUUUCAGUUUGAAGGCAACGUCUACUGUCACCACCUGUCCCCAAUCGCCAGGAAGCACAGUCUCAUUGCAGUGGGCACCACAAAUCCUAAAAUCCAACUGUGUGACCUCAAGUCCGGUUCACGGAUUCAUAUUCUUCAGGGUCACAGAGCAGAGGUCCUGUCUGUGCGGUGGUCACCCAGAUACGAGCAUAUCUUAGCCACUGCCAGUGCUGACAGCAAGGUGAAAGUAUGGGAUGUGCGCCGUGCUUCAGGUAGUCUCUUCACUCUGGACCAACACAAUGGAGACAAGUCAAAAGCCUCCUCUGAGGCAGUAAACACCGCCCAUAACGGCAGAGUGAAUGGCCUGUGCUUCACUGGUGAUGGCCUCUACCUGCUCACUACUGGAACCGAUGACCGUAUGAGGCUUUGGAAUAGUGCCACUGGGGAGAAUACACUGGUAAAUUAUGGGAAGGUCUGCAAUGAGAGUCGGAAAAGGCUACAGUUCACAGUGUCACGUGGCUGCAGCCCAGAGUUUGUGUUUGUGCCAUGCGGCAGCUCUGUUGCAGUGUACACCCUUCACACGGGAGAGCUGGUCACUAUGCUCAGGGGUCACUAUAACAAUGUGGACUGCUGUGAGUUCCACCCAGACUACCAGGAGGUGUACAGUGGAGGUAAAGACUGUAACAUUCUGGCAUGGGUCCCUGUCCUCCGUCCCUCAGGUGUGGAGGAAGACUCAGACCAUGAAGUAAAGGGUGCUGCUGGCCAGUCUUCGGUGAACCCUGCCUUUCAGGAUGCGUGGAGUAGUGAUGAAGACUAAUGCUGGAUUUGUUUUGAACAUGUGGAACAGUAAUUGUUAUUAUUCACAAUUACUGUAAAACAAAUACUCCAAAAGCCUUAAAACGUAAAGGUGUUAACAACGAUAUGACUUUGUAAAUGUUUUUGUACGUUUGAUAAAUCAUUGUUACUUUUUUUUUUUUUAUUUAAAGAUGUAAAACCAACAUGGUUCUUAUUUAGUAUUUUCAGUAAGUCUCUUUUAGUCUUAGGCAGUAUCUGCUAUUGUUAAAGGAAGCUGAAUAAAUCCUUACUGUCACAAUGCUGA